CAUAUUUUGAACAAAUGAUUUGGAUACCGUGUUUGUUAUUACUCAUCCCAUUCAGAAAUUUUCUACUUAGUUCUGAAAAAAUUGUCAUAUUUUGAAAGUGGGAAAUUUUUACAAAGUGUGUAAUAUUUCAAAAUAACAAUGGUAGAUAAACUAGUGAAUAGUGAGGCCAAUACUAGGCGAAUUUCAAUGGUUGAGAGUUGCUUUGGUAGUUCUGGGCAGCCUUUAGGAGUUCCCGGUAGAGUUCUAGUUGGUGAAGGUGUUUUGACGAAAAUGUGCAGAAAAAAGCCAAAAACGAGACAAUUCUUCCUCUUCAACGACAUCCUGGUCUAUGGCAACAUUGUUAUUAAUAAGAAGAAAUAUAAUAAACAACAUAUAAUCCCUUUAGAAGAAGUGAAAUUAGAAAGUUUGGAAGAUGAUAAUCAAUAUAGGAAUGGAUGGCUCAUAAGAACCACAUCCAAAUCAUUUGCUGUAUAUGCUGCAACUGCUACAGAGAAGACUGAAUGGAUGGCUCAUAUAAAUAAAUGUAUUGAAGAUCUUUUAAGGAAAAGUGGAAAAAAAGCAGUGGAGGAGCAUGCGGCUGUUUGGGUCCCAGACGUUGAAGCACCAAAUUGUAUGCAUUGUAAAAAAACCCAGUUCACGUUAAUUAAUAGAAGGCACCACUGCAGGAAGUGUGGUGCAGUUGUUUGUGGACCUUGCUCCAAUAAACGAUUUUUACUUCCUAAUCAGAGUUCAAAACCUCUAAGAGUUUGUCUCCAUUGUUACGACAUUCUCACAUCAACAAAACCUAAUAAUUCUAAUGAAGUGCCUCAGAAAGAUCGGAUAAAUGCUGAUACUUCUGGAGAAGAAGAUUCAGAUGAUGAUGAAGAAACUGCGAAAGGACAUUUAGAAUCUCCAAAAUUUUAUGGUGACUGUGUUAAACACGAUGAAACUCAAUAAUACCUGCAGACACAUGAUGUUUAGUCAACUUAUUUAUAUACAAGUAUUAUUUCUUAUGAUCAUACUUUGAACUAAUAUUUAUAUUAUUUAAAUUAGCAUUCAUUCUCUUCUAAGAUUAUCGUUGCUUCGAAUUUGUCAGUAUUUUCCAUCAAGGCAUGAUUUGCAUUUUCGACAUUUUGAAGUCAGUUAACUUCAACAAUCAAUGAUGAUCUUAUUAUGAGAAUAAUUUAUUUUUUUGUCGCACAUCUGCUUUGUUGAAUAUCCAACCUGUUAUUCCAUGUUUUGGAGUUAGAUAUAUAUAUUUAGGUACAAAAUAUAAUUUAUAUGCUAUUCAACUGCUUGCGGCAAAAAUUUGGAAGUAAGGAAAUUUCUUGUUCUUUUUUGUUUGAUCAAUUCAUUGUAUUCUAGAAUUUAACUCAAUUGUAUUAAUUAUUAAAAUAAUAAUGCAGUUUUUUUAAAUUGCAAUACAUAAAAUUGAGAUUUUGUGUUAUUCAAUAACAGUCAGUUGUCAUUAUUGCCAAAAAUAAAAUGCCGCAAGUAAUUGAAGUAUUUUUAGUUUUGAAUUUAAGAUGAAUAAUAUAUUCGUUAUCUGAAACAAUUAUACGGUUUUUAAAUAUAGGUAGGUUUUAUAAUGUAAAAAAAUUAAAUUUUAGAAUUAUUGGUAAA